UACAACUCCCAGUGUGCCCCAGGGGAAGCGGCCAGGGCUACGGGAAGCGUCCGACAGAGCCCAGCGGGGGGAAGACCCUAGGGAGCCGGGAGGGAGACCGGUUUGCGGGGAUUCGGAGCCGUCAUCAUGCUUCGCCCCAAGGCCCUGACGCAGGUGCUAAGUCAAGCCAACACCGGAGGCGUCCAGAGCACACUGCUGCUGAAUAAUGAGGGCUCCCUGCUGGCCUACUCUGGUUAUGGGGACACCGAUGCUAGAGUCACCGCUGCUAUCGCUAGUAACAUCUGGGCUGCCUACGACCGGAAUGGGAACCAAGCCUUUAACGAAGAUAAUCUCAAAUUCAUCCUAAUGGACUGCAUGGAGGGCCGAGUAGCGAUCACUCGGGUGGCAAACCUGUUGCUGUGUAUGUACGCCAAAGAGACUGUGGGCUUUGGAAUGCUGAAGGCCAAGGCCCAGGCCCUGGUCCAGUACCUGGAGGAUCCCCUCACUCAAGUGGCAGCGUCAUAGCAGUUGGGGGAUAAUGGUCUUGAGAGUGGGGAUGAGGGUGGAGGGCUAACCCUUUUGGGGGGGCAGGGCCCCCAGGAAACCCUUCCUGAGGUCUGAAGGGAAAGUUUUCCAAUCUUAUUGAAUAAACUAUUUAACACUUGUCA